AUGCUUACACGCUGUCUCUCUCGCUCAGUCUUUCUCACUUUCUCUCGCUUAAUAACGGUUAUGCACUCUCUCCCUUCGCAACUUGAAAUCGUUCACUUAAACGCAUCAGGUCGCUCUUUGACGAGCGAUGCGUUCAGUAACCACACACACAUUCUGUUUAACUUACUACAAUCUGAAAAACAUACGCCAGAUUUCUUCUUCUUCUUCUUCUUCUUCUUCUUCUUCUUCUUCUUUCUGCCGUGUCUCUUUCAUGACCUAUGUCUUGUACUCUGCAUGGUCUGGAAAUCACAUAACAACCCAGACAUCUUCUUCUUCUUCUCCUUUCUCCUCCCCCUCCUCCUACUUCUUCUUCUUCUUCUUCUUCUUCUUAUUAUUAUUAUUAUUAUUAUUUCUCCUCCUCCUCCUUCUUCUUCUUCUUACCCAACUCAUCCCCUCCUCCUCCCUAUUUUUCUUUCUCCUCCUCCUCUUUCUUCUUCUUCUCAUCCCCCUCCUCCUUUCUCUUCUUCUUUCUCCUCCUCCUCCUUCUUCUCUUUCUUCUUCUUCCUCUCCUCAUCCCCAUCCCCCUCCUCCUCCUCCUCCUUCUUCUUCUUCUUCUUCUUCUCUUUUCUCCCCCUCCUCCUUUUCCUUCUCCUUCUUCUUCUUCUUCUUCUUAUCCCCUCCUCCUCCUCCUUCUUUUUUCCCUCCUCAUCCCUCCUCCUUUUUCUUUCUCCCCUCCUCCUCCCCAUCCCCUUCUUCUUCUUCUUUUUCUUCUUCUUCUUCUUCUUCUUCUUCUUCUUUGUGCUUUAUCUUUCCAGGACUAUCUUUUCUCCCGGUAGUGACCUGCCCCUCUUUGAUGAACGACUGGUCUUUCUCAAAUGUUUGCCUCUCCUUGGAAGUGCAAGUGAGUACGAAAGCAUGAAGACCUCCCCAGGAUGGCCCCGCCUUACGCUCCUCUCUAGCUGCUUUCCAACAGAAAUCGUUCUGUUUUCUUUUUUACUCGAUUUUUUAUUUUCUUUCCGUUUUUCUUUCUUUCUUUCUUUCUCUUUCUUUCUUUCUUUCUUUCUUUCUUUAUUUUCUUUCUUUCUUUCUUUCUUUCUUUCUUUCUUUCUUUCUUUCUUUCUUUCCAGCCUUUAUUUCUUUCUUUCUUUCCAGCCUUAUACUUUCUUUCUUUCUUUCUUUAUUUUCUUUCUUUUCUUUCUUUCUUUCUUUCUUUCUUUCCAGCCUUAUACUUUCUUUCUUUCUUUCUUUCUUUCUUUCUUUCUUUCUUUCUCCGUCAUUUUAAUUUCUUUCUUUUUUAUUCGACGUUUUAUUUUCUUUCUAAUUUUCCUUUCGUUUUUCUUUCUUUCUUUCUUUCUUUCUUUCUUUCUUUCUUUCUUUUUUUUUUCUUUCUUUCUUUCUUUCAAGCCUUAUUCUUUCUUUCUUUCAUCCUUUCGCUCAUUCCGGUUUAUUCUUUCUUUCUUUCUUUCUUUCUUUCUUUCUUUCUUUCUUUCUUUCUUUCCUGUCGUUUUGUUGUUUUUCUUUAUUUAUUUAUUUCUUUAUUUAUUACUCCGUCAUUUUAAUUUCUUUCUUUCUUUCUUUCUUUCUUUCUUUCUUUCUUUCUUUCUUUCUUUCUUUCUUUCUCACCGUUUUGCUAUCUUCUUUUCUUUCUUUCUUUCUUUAUUACUCUGUCAUUUGAAUUUCUUUCUUCUUAUUCUUUCUUUGUCUCUUUCUUUUUUUUUAUUCUUUCUUUCUAUGCUUUGA